AUGGCUCCUCAGUUGAGGAACCUCAACGAAGAGCUGCCGGAGUUUCUCCGACUGCACAAAAAGAAAAACAUUGCAUUCAUCACUGUCAGUUUUAUUCAAACUUCUAGCCACAUUUUUUUUUCUAUUCAAACUUUUUCAUAUUCUAUUUUAGACUGGCGGGGCUCAAGUUCCUUUGGAUAGAAACAUGGUCAACUAUAUGGAGACCCGCUGCAGAGGCGCGGAUGGCGCCGCUUUCGCUGAGUUUGUUUCUGUCAUUUCAAAAAGCUUUGAAGGAUGUUUUCCCAGGUACUUUCUCAAGAAGGACUACGCCGUGAUCUUCUUGCACCGUGAAGAUUCGCCGCUGCCAUUCUCGCCCCGACGCGGCAGCCUCUACGAAACUUUCGAGCUUCCCAACAAGAUUGUUAGUUGACAAAAACGUUCUCCCUUUGAUCGAUCACGUCUUCUUUUUUCACACGUUUUUGUACCGCUUAAGCAGCGUCGAUCAGCCGAGUUUUGGCGGAAGAUUUUGAAGCCGUUGUUUCCCAUUACCAUUUUUCAAAAUUAUUUUUGGUCACGGCAAAGAUUGAACUUGCGGCCCUUCAAACCUAUGCCAGGCACAAAACUUGUUGCGCCUAGUUUUGAAAACUCGACGCCGCUUUGUUUUGAAAAUGAGCUUUUUUCAGGUCAUCAAGCGCUGCGUCGCCCUUAAAGAAGCGGAGAAAAGCGAUGAGGAUUACUCUAGUUUGCUCUUCAACGUCUCCUACAGAUCGUUCAAAGACUACUUCGAGACGCUCGGCAAGGUUCGUUCUAAAAAAAUAAAAAAACAAAAAAAUUUUUUUCUCUAGCGCUUCAAAAGAGCUUUUUCGAAAAUGCGAGAGAUUUGAUUCUUUUUUUCAAAAAAAUGCACUGCAAAAAUUAUUUUUAUAACAUAUCGCUUUUUCCGAUAAUUCUCAAAAAGAUAGCCAUGUUACUGCAUAAUGUACCAGACCCAAGGGCAAUCAGCUUUCACAAUUUCAGAAAAAAAUAUCAAGAGUUAUAAUUAGCCAUUUCGAGGCUUAAAGAUUUUUUUGUUUCCCCAACCAAAAGAUGUGCAAAUUCAAACUAUCGAAUAGGAAUUAUCGUUAGAUAUUUUUGAGCAAUUCUUAGAAAGUUUUUCCAGUUUAUAAUAAUGGCUUUUUAAAUAGUAAAAAAACUUAACAUUAUUUGAGCAUUUUUUUCGACAAUUUUUUUCUUUUUUUACUCUAUAGCUUUCAGCAAAAAAAGCUUUCGUUUUUUUAUUUACUUAGCUUGCUCUGAAUAAAAUUCCUUAUAUGGCUUUUGAGUGGCUUACUGAUCAGCAAGCGGAUGUAGAAAAUCUAUCCGUUCUUGAGAAAAAAACAACGUAAAUUUUUGAAUAGGACUUUUUCAACAAAAAAAAUGAACAGUUAUUUUUUUCAGAUGGGUUUGCUCCUGGACGCUCAAAAUCGUCGUGUUCUGACUCUCUUCGCGGCGGCUUCGGAAGAUGAUCAUCUUCCUGAAAAAGCAAAGCCUCUGUUCAAGGUCCUCGAGGACAACGAGCUCAAUCCUGAAGUUCGCGUUGCUCCGGACGCAAUCAAUUACUUCAUCGGCCUUGCUCCACACGCCAUGUUUGUCGCGUAUCAGGUACUUUCAUUUCAUCAUCGAUCCAAGAACUGUCUUUUUGUAAACAAUCUUCAAAUUUAACAAAAAUUCACUUUCAGGUGUACGCCUCGAAGGAACAAGAAAAAGAGUGCGUCUCGACUUUGUUGGAUUCCGAGGAAUACAUUGAUUGUGUGAGUUAUAUUCUUUGUUUAGACAUAAGCUUAUAAGAACGAUGAAAGAACAAGAAGCAUGAAUAAUAAGUAUAUUAUGAACUGGGCGAGUCUCGAAGAAGCUGCUCAAAUUUUUUAGAAAAUGACAGUUUUUCUUUGAACUUUCAUAAUUAAAAAUGAGACAUCCUUUAUUUCUUAAAUUUACUUGAAGAAUAUAGUCGUUGAAAUUAGAAUUUCAAUUGUUGAACUUUUCUUGACUUUAAAAGGUGUUUGAACAUUGCUGAAGCGUACUUCACAACAUCCCGAUUUCAAAACUAGAAAAAAACUCUUCCAGUAUACCUGGUUUUUAAGUCAAAAGGCUUCAAAAACUGGAAAAAAGCUCUUCUCUGUCAUAAUUUUCGCAUUAAACGUUCACUAGUUAGUAGAUCCAUUUUUCUUUUCAGCCAUUGAAACGUUCUAUUGCAGAUUGUCUCGUGCAACGUCGAAAAGAAGGAUAAGAAAGCGAAUUUGUGGCUUCAUGGGAGGUAUCUUAACAGACGCGUCAACAAAGAGCAUGAGGAAAUCGAAGAAUCCAUUGUCUAUCAACUCACAAUCAUCCACGACGACUACAUCAAUUACGGAACUUACAUUAUCAAAUAA